CAUGACAAAAAACAUACAUUUUCCUCGUAGUUGUCUGUUGUCAUCAACAAUGACAUACAGAAAGGUAGAUAAGUUAUCUAUUUGACCCAUAACAAACGAUACGACCGGCUAUAUAUACGGUGGAUAAUUCGGCUAGUCACUUACUCGUGCUGGUAGUGAGUCUUUCAAAUGGCGCGUAAGUUGCACUACUUUAACGUCAAUGGCUUGGGGGAACCCAUCAGGUAUCUUCUGCAUUACGGCAAGCAGAAUUUCGAGGAUGUGAGGUAUGAACGAGCAACCUGGCCCAUCAAGAGCGUUAAAGAUUCACUACCAUACGGCCAGCUGCCGCUGUACGAGGAGGGAGGUCGCUCGCUCAACCAGUCGCUGGCCAUCGCCCGCUACCUCGGCCAGCAGUUCAACCUGGUGCCCACAGACAUCUGGGAGCAGGCUGAGCUAGACGCGGCGGUCUACAACGUGUAUGACUUCUGGGCGAAGGCUCUUGCGUGGUUCAAGGAGAAAGAUGUCGCCAGGAAAGAGAUCCUCAAGAAGGAGAUCCUCAAUGAGCACAUCGACUUCUUCUUCUCACGCUUCGAGAGGGACUUGAAGGCCAACAAGGGAUACUUCGGUGGAAAGUUGUCCUGGGCUGACUUCGUCUUCGUGGGCAUUGUGGAAGUCUCCAACCUGUUCUUUGGUAUGGAGAUCGAGAAAAAGUACCCCACUGUUCAGGCACUGAUGCAGAAAGUCCGCACCUUGCCUGGUGUCAAGGAAUACAUCGCAACCCGGAAGCCAUACACUAUGUAAAUAAAAGAUCUAAUUUA